CAAUCAGCCCGAUCGGAGCAAGCUUGGUAAACCUCCAAAGUAUACAAAGUCCAAACCCACGGGCGGUACUGCCCAUCGCAUCAUCAGGCGUCCGGGCGGUAUUCAUCGGUCGCGCCCGCACAUCGACGCCCACGCCGCCGCACGCUAAACCCGCCCGCUCGGCCGCUCCACGCGCGCACCGGCCCCCUUCUUCCGUCAUGGACUCCGGCUACUCCUCCUCCUACGCCGCCGCCGCCGGGAUGCACGUCGUGAUCUGCCCGUGGCUCGCCUUCGGCCACCUGCUCCCGUGCCUCGACCUCGCCCAGCGCCUCGCGUCGCGGGGCCACCGCGUGUCGUUCGUCUCCACGCCGCGGAACAUAUCCCGCCUCCCGCCGGUGCGCCCCGCGCUCGCGCCGCUCGUCGCCUUCGUGGCGCUGCCGCUCCCGCGCGUCGAGGGGCUCCCCGACGGCGCCGAGUCCACCAACGACGUCCCCCACGACAGGCCGGACAUGGUCGAGCUCCACCGGAGGGCCUUCGACGGGCUCGCCGCGCCCUUCUCGGAGUUCUUGGGCACCGCGUGCGCCGACUGGGUCAUCGUCGACGUCUUCCACCACUGGGCCGCAGCCGCCGCUCUCGAGCACAAGGUGCCAUGUGCAAUGAUGUUGUUGGGCUCUGCACAUAUGAUCGCUUCCAUAGCAGACAGACGGCUCGAGCGCGCGGAGACAGAGUCGCCUGCGGCUGCCGGGCAGGGACGCCCAGCGGCGGCGCCAACGUUCGAGGUGGCGAGGAUGAAGUUGAUACGAACCAAAGGCUCAUCGGGAAUGUCCCUCGCCGAGCGCUUCUCCUUGACGCUCUCGAGGAGCAGCCUCGUCGUCGGGCGGAGCUGCGUGGAGUUCGAGCCGGAGACCGUCCCGCUCCUGUCGACGCUCCGCGGUAAGCCUAUUACCUUCCUUGGCCUUAUGCCGCCGUUGCAUGAAGGCCGCCGCGAGGACGGCGAGGAUGCCACCGUCCGCUGGCUCGACGCGCAGCCGGCCAAGUCCGUCGUGUACGUCGCGCUAGGCAGCGAGGUGCCACUGGGAGUGGAGAAGGUCCACGAGCUCGCGCUCGGGCUGGAGCUCGCCGGGACGCGCUUCCUCUGGGCUCUUAGGAAGCCCACUGGCGUCUCCGACGCCGACCUCCUCCCCGCCGGCUUCGAGGAGCGCACGCGCGGCCGCGGCGUCGUGGCGACGAGAUGGGUUCCUCAGAUGAGCAUACUGGCGCACGCCGCCGUGGGCGCGUUCCUGACCCACUGCGGCUGGAACUCGACCAUCGAGGGGCUCAUGUUCGGCCACCCGCUUAUCAUGCUGCCGAUCUUCGGCGACCAGGGACCGAACGCGCGGCUAAUCGAGGCGAAGAACGCCGGAUUGCAGGUGGCAAGAAACGACGGCGAUGGAUCGUUCGACCGAGAAGGCGUCGCGGCGGCGAUUCGUGCAGUCGCGGUGGAGGAAGAAAGCAGCAAAGUGUUUCAAGCCAAAGCCAAGAAGCUGCAGGAGAUCGUCGCGGACAUGGCCUGCCAUGAGAGGUACAUCGACGGAUUCAUUCAGCAAUUGAGAUCUUACAAGGAUUGAAGCAUCUCAGGAUGUACACCUGCAACAGUGCAACUACAAAAUCCUUGGAAUAAAAUGAUUUUUGUUUUGUAGUCCACUUACCCAAAAUAUGCAAAGGCCGAACGGUGGGGAAAAUUCUAAUCCUGAUUUUUUUUUCAUUUUUGUUUUUCUUUGUUAUUUAUCAAUUUGAUACCGCCCAGACAAAGUUGAAAUUUAAUUGUAAAACUUUUUAUAGUACAUGGAACACGCACAACAUACUCAUUUCCUGUAGAGUAAUGCUCCGGUGCAAUCUACUUGCAGUAUUCUACUCCGAGUA